AAUCUUAUCAAAAAAAGAACAGAGGAAUUUACGCUGCAACAAUUAAUUUUUCUUUAAGUUCAUUAGUAUUUGUUUUGGAAAUUGCAACCUCCAAGAAACUGCAACAAAAACGAGACCGAAACCAGAAGGAAGGAACUGUGGCCUCAAAUUCAAUUAAAUUCCCCUGCAUAGAAAAGAUAAACAAACCCACGGCACCACCAUUAAUGCCGUUCAAUCAAAUAAAUAAAUUAUACGCGGAUUAUUUAAUUCGAGUUUCUGCGGUUUACUCGUUGUUUCCUGUUCUUUUCUCACUACUUUUUUUUUAUUCUUUUUAUAAGAGCGAGACCCUUUUAAGAGUAAAUGCACCAAUUCUCAUCUCAAGAACAUCCAUCUUCUCCUUACUUUUCUUCUUCUUAUUGCUCCAUGUCGGUUUCGGGUAUUCAAGGCCACCUUCUUGAGGUCACUGUUGUCGGGUGUAAUAAAUUGAAGGAUACUGAAUGGAUUUCAAGGCAAGAUCCCUACGUUCGUCUUGAAUAUGGUACCAACAAGUACCGUACAAGAACCUGCACAGAUGGUGGCAAAACGCCCAUAUUCCAAGAGAAGUUUACGUUCACGCUGAUUGAAGGGCUUAGAGAGAUAAAUGUGGUGGUUUGGAACAGCAACACUUUGACGUACGAUGAUUUUAUUGGCAACGGAAAGGUUCAAUUGCAGAAGGUUCUUUCUCAGGGUUAUGAUGAUACUCCUUGGCCGCUUCAGACUAAAACUGGCAGAUAUGCUGGAGAAGUGCGGCUCAUUAUGCAUUAUGGAAAUGCCAAACACCCGGCCGCAACAUAUACUCCAGCACCACCAUAUGCAGAUCCUCCUCCUCCUCAAGUCCCUCUAUAUUCUGCCCCUCCAACACUUUCAGCUUCUUAUCCACCACCAGCUAUAACAUAUCCAACUACAUCACCAUAUCCUGCAUAUCCUUCGUAUCCUUCAUAUCCUUCAUCCACAUAUCCUCCUCCACCUUCUGCGUACCCUCCACCUCCCCCAACUUCAGCAUAUCCUCCAGCUACAUAUCCACCAGCCUCAACCUAUUAUCCCCCAGGUCCUUUUCCGGGUCUUUAUCCACCACCACCAUACUAAAAUCCCAGGGAGGAGACAUUCCAACUUUUAGAACGUAAAGAGUCUUUCAAAUUAGAGGGCCUAGAGGUCCGAAUCUCUUUGCAGGGGGUUGGGAUUACGGAUGGGAGAGGGUUACCUCCCGCUGUGUAACCCAAAUGCAUUGGGCUUAUGUGGCCCACAAAAAAGUACUUAAAUUCUAGAUAUCCUAUUGAGGAAACAAAAAUUAGAACUUUCGGUUAGCCAUUGUAUAGAAUUGACUGUUCAUGAUUUUCUAGUCAAGGGACAGGACUGAUGUGGUUUAUUUUUUCUUUUGAGUUGGUGGGUGGAAGUUUGUGGUAGUUGUUUGUUCAUUUGUUCAUUCUUAUUAAACCAGAUAAUAAUACUAUGUGCUCAGGCACUUGAUCU